CCGCUCAUCAUAAUCCUGAUAAGCACUGAGGUCUCGCUUAGGAGCAUGGCCUCCUGAACUAUUUCUAGACGAGACCCAUCCGGCCUUAUUCUGCGCUUUGUGCGGUAGAAGAACGUUGGAUGAUGUUGCUGCUUCUCCCACAAGCCGAGAGAUCCGUUUCACGGCGACUGUCUUUUUUACAACACAUGAUGGACUUGUUUUUAAUAGCCAACGAAAUCUGAUAUAGCGGUGAAAAUGUAUCUGAUACACACACAACGACCACUCGUAGAAAAUCAGGCAGCCAAGACGAUCAGCAGCCAAGCUUCAGUGGCUUUUCAAUCCCUGCACGGGGCUUUCCAGGAGCGGCCUAAAUCAGCCUUCUGAUGGGUUCUAGCCCCCGUCACCUGCUGAGGUAAUGGGGCCAAGAGGAGCCAAAGGACAAGCCUCGCAUUGGGGAUCUCAACCAGACAAAGCCAAGCCCAGCUCCAAAUAAGCUCGGGAGGGAUAAUUGGCUUCCUGAUAUGCUUACUGUUUGCCGCAUUGCCGUAUGCAAAUAAGGGUACUUGGCUUGGAGAGGAUCCGCGGUGUUGGGAACCAGAACCGUCUAUGACUUCUGUAAUUUGGCUUGGAAGUUAAAAGAGUGCCACUGACUGAGCAUUGUAUUGCAGCAUUGGCAUUAUGACAUUUGCAUUCUGGUCGAGUUAUUGUUGGUUGGCGCAAGGAAUGGUUAUAGUAGUAUUUAUGGUUAUUCUUAGUGGUGCUUGGCAUUGGGCACUGUGAGACCUUUUUUUUUUUUAUCUUUCUACAACUACAGGCCAACCCCAAGGCAGGUCCAUCCAUCCAUCGUAACCUUACUUUGACUCAACAUGGUCGGCAUUGAUCUCACGAGACUUUAUAUUUGCAAUGCAUUCAAUUUAAAUGAUGAACAAAGUUUUGACUCACGAAAUUUGACUCACGAACUAUCAUCGUCUCGACUCAAUCAUUCGCCAGACGUUUCAGAGCAAGCUUCUCCCCUCCUACCAACGAAACGACCCCUCAACCUUCGCAGCGUAAAUAUACAUAUAUAGCUCCUCAUCUCGAGCCGUCUAUCCGAGUGAUUGCGUUUCCCUUGCACCUUCCCUCGACUCGCUUCUCGAUAGCUCGGAACCCUAACGCUCCGUCUCGUAUCGAUAACGAAAAGACCUCACCUGCGCCAACUCGGAUAUAUGGCAAAGGGUUCAGCUCUAAUUAUAUGCCCCCCCGUAUCACGAUACCUUAGGUAGUCAGAAACAGCGAAACAACAAGCCGGUCAGACGGGCGCACCGAAACGUCACCGGCGCACGUUAGAAUUGCCUGGGAACGCCUCCCCCACGACUAUAUCUCCCGCUAUUGGUAGAUUCAGCUAGCCUUUCGAGGUUCCAGACUCUUGCUAUCCUGGGCGCUAUCAACGCCAGCGUGUGACGGGCUUCAUCAUACGGGUAAGCUUCUUAAUUCUACGCAGAAUAAGCAUUGCAUUGCAUUUAUUGUAUCAUGAACCUGCAAACAACACAGUGGCUGUCAGUCGCAACCACAAAGUUCCUCCACGGAUACCUCAUUCCUGUCCCCAUGCUACAACCUCCCACUACUGAUCCGAUAGCCGUGAUCUGUCAUGCAUUUUGCUCCUUCUUGCGCCUAUCAUGCCCUUUCUGGACCCGACACUGCCCUGGCCCUGCAUCGUCAUCUUUCCCUAAAGCCCCUUGGUGGUGGGUCAGCUUCAAAAGCUUGUCCUGACCAACCUAAGCUUAGACGAGUCUUAGACGCUCUCAAUCUCACCCCUAGGCAGUGCCUAUCUGCACACCAUCCAUCCCCUUGACAUCCUCACACCCUCCUUCUUUGCCGUCCUCCGUGCUUCUCCACACUCCCGGCCAUGUCGUCGCCGAGUUAUCCACCACCGACCUUACGCCUCCAGGCCUCUGAUUCCCUUUUCUGACUUGCCUUUGCAACCUUAUCUUGCUCUUGGCCCCUCCCUGUCUUCCCGUCUUGUCCGAGGACACGGUUCAUUAAACCCUGCUGACCUGUUUCUGAACAAGAACAAGAAGGAUAACACUGCUUGUUUUCUGAUCUUUUCAUAACAUAACAUUCCAUUCCAACAUUACAUGCUCGCUUCUUGUAGCAAAUCAUCGGUUUCACCAACUCGACGACAAACGCAGCAAGCCGUGGCUCUCGAGCAACUACAGACUCCUUUAUAGCCUUGCCACCUUACCAAGACCAAACACACACUUUCAUAAGCCCCAACGCUCUCAGGAACGCCAAGAAAGCGAAGGACGAGCCCACUUCCACAGGUGGAUACGUGGACAAAAUUCCGCUCAACCCUCAGCCCUUGUGGAGUCACCUUCGCACAUUCGGCUUUCACACGCCCACGCCCUGGCUCGAUCUGAUCUAGUGGGGUGCCGCGUACAAACAAGCCAGAGCUUGGUUCUCACAAGGCCCUUAUUUAUAAAGACGCUGAGGACCUACCCAAGGCACUGGAUCUGGAUCCAUUACCCAAAAAACUUCUUUUAACCUCCCGCCCUUGCGCGGAAUAUCUCUUUGACAUAACAUCACAUCACGUUACACAUCUUCACAAUGGAAACGUACCACGGAUAUGUGCGGACACCCGCCGAUGCUAUAAGAUUAUUUGAGGCUUGCCGAUUGGGCAUUCUGCCUCGUGUGCAACGACGACUUUCAGAGAAGGAGAGACAGUCAAUUCGAUCUGGUUCGGUUUUUGUUUGGGAUGAGCGGGAAGCUGGUAUGAGGAGAUGGACUGAUGGAAAGUCAUGGAGCGCCAGCCGAGUGUCGGGAAGCUUCCUGACAUACCGUGAGAUGGAGGGCAAGCGAGGCGGUGGUUUCAACACUACCCGACGAGGCGGUGGCAAGACCCCAGACUCUGGACGCGGUAGCGACGAGGACCUAGAUGACGGGGAGCCUGAGGGAUACCGAUACAAGGCAGACGGCCUGAUGAAGCAAUCUUUCAGCAUCACUACUUCAACCGGCCAGCAUCUUCACCUUAUCUCAUACUAUUCUCGCCCUCAACCUGGCCAGCCUGAGCUUCAACAACCAACAAAUGAUCCUAACUUGCGUGGCAUAGUUCCUGUUAAGGGCAUGUAUCCUGAGUCCAGCAUGGGAGAGGCCAACACUACACCUGCUCUAACACGGGCGCCGAUGCAGCAGCCUCCCUACAUGGUUCCUCAACCUGGUCAACAACCAUAUGCUCCCUAUGGCCAGCCUGGCUAUGGAUGGCCUCCUUCCCCCGUCGCUACUCCUCCUUACAGCCAUUACGCCGCUCCCUAUCCCCACGGUGUACCUCAGCAACUUCCACCUCACCCCGGCCACCCAGGUCUUCCUCACCCACACUACCAUCAGGCACCUGUUUAUGAGCAGCGUGCUCCUCUUCCUCCUCUGCCCGCCAAGCCCGCCUACCCAUCAACAUCUCCUCACUACUCACACCCUACUCUCCCUAGAGCUCACGACUCGCCUCGAGAGCAUCAUUUGCAGGCAGCUGCUCCAACCGCCAUGGUGAAUGGAUCUUCUCGCACUCAUCAGGUUGCACUCCCAGGUCUCGGUGCUGUUACAAAUGGCCCUCCAGGAUCGUCUCUCGCUGCCAUCAGCACUCCCCCUAGCCGCACUAUGAGCGUCAGCCCUCCACGCAGCUCUCAUUCUGAAGCUCCUGCCACCACAUCUAACAAGGCCAGCCUCUCAGCGCUCCUGCACCCUACUCCCGCACCUAGUGAAAGCGGCAGUGUCAAGCCUGGCAGCGCCAGCAGCAGUCCUAGAGCGGCUGGUGCCUGUGGUCUGGAGAAGGGCGGUGUCAGUGAGGACGCAAGAGCCUUGAGAAUGCUGGACCGCAAAUUCUGCAUCUAGAAACGCGAGGAAGCCGUUUUCAGUGACGUCGAAGAGGAUUGGAGGCCAAAAUCAGCCUAGUUAGAGGCUAUCAUGCUAAGGGGUUGUGUUUAUCCAUCAUAUGCAUUGUCACGGCGUCUUCAUUUUUUACGGGGCAGCAACCACAAGGAGGUUGACUGCAAUCAUUCAGCGUGCUUUUUUACGACCGGGAACGGAAGAGGAAUGAACGGAACGGUGUUUAGGGGUCAUACAAGGCAGCGUCAUGGUUCAGUGGUGUUCAGGUGCCAUUGCAAUACCAAAUCAUGUACAUAGUUACUGAGCAAUGUCAGAAGCAUAUUGACCAGUUUUGACCAUCAUCAUACCACCUAAUCCAUCGUGUCUCUGUAUGUUUGAGUGACAUUUCGUCCCAGGGUGUAAUAUCAAGCCGGUUGACGAAGCGGUUUGAGCGCCAAUGCACUGCGUACGUACGCGUUCAGUGUAAGUCAGGGGCGGCACAACGGCACGAUGAGGUAAAAUUUACAGUAGAUUUAAGGUUGUUGUCAGUUGGAGGGUAGUCUCUGCAUUCCCGUUUAUCCGUGUCUUUAGCUAUUUGUCGGCGCGUAGUGCAGGGCCGCGUCAUCCUGACGAUGCCGAGAUGCCGGACAGGGUGUGGUACAGAUCGUAAAGAACGCGUAAGGGAGAAACUGGGGAAAAAGGGAAAUGAUGAUGCUAAGUAUUAGAGGGUCUCGGAUAGUUCCAGGUAAUCCUUAAUUUUAUCUCGAAGCCUAGAAUUGGGGUUUGCGUAUAAGUGCUGUAGGGGUGCGAUGGAAAUAGGCGGCAAUUUAGAGGCCUGGAGGGGUGGCGAGAGGAUGAAGCUAUUGACGAUAGUUGACAGUGCUAUUUAUGGACGAGAGACAUGUCUUUAAAUUGGAUCGAAUUGGUCUCGUGAGAUUGGUCUGCUCGUAUUGGGCCUUUCGUUGUAAUGUUGAUUGCGAAGCUAUUCGUGUUGGCUUGUCAAUGCAUGCCAGUUAUAUCGUGCAUGGCUUGUCUUGACGGCCUCGCAUGAUUCACUGGC